AUGUAUAAAACUUGCGGAAUUAUCAAAAUAUUUUUUUCUCUUGGCUUAGCAACUUGUGCUAUCCUAGGAUGGAAUGAACUACGCAAUCUGCCACAUGCUUGGAGCUCUUCAGCGCUUAUUGAUCCUUUUAUGCUUGCCGUGAUGGCAAUUACAGCUGGUUCACUAUCAAUCAAAUAUGACAAUGUUAACUCUGUACCGCUGACGACUGGUUUAAUAGCUUUCAGCAUCUAUGAGGCUACUUUUGCUGCUGUUAACAUCUGCCGUGGAACUAUUGCUUUCUAUAAAUCUGGGUCAAAUUUCAAGCAAUCUCCGCCUGUUUUAUACGGAUUUAACAUGGGUUUUUCAAUUUUCUUCUUUAUCACUUCUUUGGCUGUGGCAACAUUUAAUGGUUUCAAGCUAGAUAGCUUCAAAACAACUGAAAUUAAAGACCCAAAUUAUCGAUUCCCUAUCAAUCGUCGCCUUCAGAUCGCUGUCUUAAUGCUGUUAGAAGUCGCGGGAAUUCUUGGGAUAUUAAGCUACGCAACAAAUCAAAAGAGUAUUGUAGCUUGGUUUAAAGUUAGCGCGAUAUUAGCGUCAAUAUCUGCUUUACUUACUGGCUUUGCUUCCGUUCAUGAUCGGCUAUACAUGCUAAUGGGAAGCAGCCCUUCGAAACCUAUGGGAUCAAAUAUGCUAAUUCUCAUGAUACUUCACGAUGUUACACCAUACAUUGGAUUAGGCCUUUCGUUAUUUGCUGCCUUUGCAGUUGAUACCGAAACUGAUACCAAUGUUAAUAUUGAGAAGCAGCCCAAAACAGAUAAGAACUACUGCAUUGGUAAUUCCUCAAUGAUUUUUGCUAGCAUUCAGCUUGGUUGCGCUGUUGCGAUUUCGCCGAUGUUCCCGUCGCCUUUUCAUAGUUUCCUGAGUUUCGUCGUUGCUUCACUUUUAUUUGCUUUAGGAAUCUUAGCUCAUCUAUCCUCGAAAACAACAUGCGAAUCCUUAAGAGUAAGCACUUAUUCAUUCACAAUCCUGAGUAUCUCCUCGGUAUGUAUCAAUGUGAUCGCCCUAACGGUUAUCUAUGUUGUCACCAAUCCUUACGGUUCUGGGAUACGAGGUAUUGAUUUGGCAAUUCUAAUCGUUGAGGUUAUUAAUGCAAUCUUGUUUAUGCUAUUUGGUUCACGGGCAGCCGAAUAUAAUCCUGUGACAUACAUUAGAGAAAGGAGUGGUACUGAAGUUUAAGAUUUGGUCGUAAUUCUGCUUCUGACAUUCUA